CUUCGACUAAUCUAGACCCAAAUGACCGCCGGCUCCCGACGGAGGCGGCCGACCUCCUCAAUGGCGCCUAUCGCCCUGUCCGUACCCGCCCCCAACGCUUCCCCGGCGCCGCGGCGCCUCCGCCGCCCGGCCAUCGCGGCCGCCGGCGCCGCGCUCGCGGCGCUCCUCCUCCUCGCGGCGGCCGCCGCCGUCUGGCGCCCGGACUACCUCCCCGCCGCGCUCCUCCGCCGCCCCGCGCCCGCCGCCGCCAGGUUCUACUCCUUCGACCUUGUCCGCGAGUACCCCCACGAUCCCGAGGCCUUCACCCAGGGUCUCCUGUACGCGGGAAACGACACUCUCUUCGAGUCCACUGGCCUUUAUCACCAGUCGUCGGUCCGAAAGGUUGAUCUUCAAACUGGCAAAGUUUUAGAUCAGCACCAAAUGGAUGGACAUAUGUUUGGAGAAGGCCUAACACUUCUCGACGACAGAUUGUUUCAAGUUACUUGGUUGAAGAAUGAUGGAUUCAUAUACGACCGACAUAACUUUAGCAAACGUGAAAGUUUUACCCAUAAAAUGCGUGACGGGUGGGGGUUGGCUACAGAUGGAAAAAUCCUAUUUGGCAGUGAUGGUACUUCAAAGUUGUACCAGCUGGAUCCAAUAUCACUUGAAGUAACGAAGACAGUAACUGUGAAAUAUCAAGACAAUGACGUUUCCUAUAUUAAUGAACUGGAAUAUAUAAAUGGUGAAGUAUGGGCAAAUGUCUGGCAGACAGAUUGCAUAGCUAGAGUUUCGCAUGAAGAUGGCCAAGUGGCGAGCUGGAUCCUUCUUCAUGAGCUGAGGCAGCAGUUGUGGAAUUCUGGCAACACGGAAAUUGAUGUUUUGAACGGCAUAGCUUGGGACGAAGAAAAUGACAGACUGUUCGUGACCGGGAAACUGUGGCCAAAGCUUUACGAGAUCAAGUUGCGUCCGGUGGAUGGGCCACCGGAUGGGUCCGUGGAGAAACUGUGCCCAAGGGCAAGCUUUUAUCGCUGACAAGCGUCGACUCCUCGGCGAGGAUAUGUACAUGUAUUAUGUGCCUCCUGGCCGAUUCGAGGCAAUUGGCGGUUUGAAGAUAGGAUUAUUGUUGUCGUGACUUGGUAGUGAACUGGCGGGAGCUAGCUGGUCGUCAGUUCCAUGCCGAAGGCGUGUAGUUGUAUGUAUAAUCAUGCUGCGAACAUACCAAAAGAAUGAUUACAAGUGAUGGUUCCUUGUAGGAGUAUCUUGCAAAGAUGGUUCGUUGGUUGUUUUUAGAGACAUUAGUACAAGUGAUGUAGACAUAGAUUUAAAUCAAAUAUAUUAUCAGUAUGUUGGAAGUAGCCGAGCAUUUGUAAAUGGAUGUUUCGGGAGGAAAAAAUAAUAAUGGUCAGUGCGCAAACAUGCUCCA